UCGCUGCUUAGUCUCCAAACAUGGCCGCUAAGCCGUUGACUGCAUCUUCUCCUGCGUUCGGCUGAAUUAGUCACACUUUGAGGAAGUCACUGGCAGCUCUGGACGUCGGUAACAGGUGGUUACGAAAAUGUAGACGCCCGUCGGAGGCCUCUUUAUUUUCCUAGCAAACUAAAGUUGUGAGAGUUUAUUAUUUUCAAACUUUUUAUGCUUUAUGCUAACGUGCGCGGCGAGCUAACGCAGACAUCCCAACAUUAACUUGGGGCAACUUUUUCUACAAAGCGGCAAGCCCGAAAUGGAGGAGUCUCGUUGUCCUUCGAAGACGUUUGUGUGAUUUUUUUCUAAGGACGCCUUGGGCUCGGCCUUGAGACGGACUUUGACUUAAAGGCUCAUUUGAUUUUUCUUUUAUUACCCUCCAGUGGACGCUAGCUAGUCAAAACGCCCAUUAAUAAGAACUUCGACAGGGCGGACAUAAACAAUGUUUUCUGUCAAACCCAUGAAACCUACCUUCAAGAGUUAUCUUCCUCCUGUGCAGAGUGAUGUGAAGAAGACCAUUGAGCCCCCUAUUAAAAAGUUGGAGCCCAAGCUACUUCCCGGGGAGAUUGUAGUGAACGAGGCAAACUUUGUGAGGAAAUGCAUCAGUGUUGAAAGCAGCCAAGAUGACCUGUGGGGGAAGUUGAUUUGUACCAACUUUAAGGUUUCCUUCAUCCCUCAAGAUGCCCCAUCCAAACCAACUGUUGCAGAGAUGAUGAAGCUGAAUCCAAUUGUUGUGGAUAGAGUCACACGUUCUGCUUCUUGUUCUGUCGCUCAGAAGUUCCAGCUGUCCCACCUGCUACUCGGAGAGCACGACAUCCCCCUGACAUGUUUAGAGCAUGUGGUAACAGUGAACGAUACAAAGGGGAAGAAGAAAGUUUUGGGCUCGAAUCAAAAGCUCAAGUUUAACCCCACUGAGCUCAUCCUUUACUGUAAAGACUUGCGAAUCAUAAGGUUCUGCUUUGACGAGGCCGGGCCUGAGAGUGCAAAAAAGGUUUGUCUCGCUAUUGCUCACUACUCCCAUCCAGCUGAUCUGCACCUGCUCUUCGGGUUUGAGUAUCAGGGAAGGCGGUACCAUGAAUCCAAAGCUGAGCGACUCAACACGCCUGUCCGGCGAGGAGGACUACAGACGCCUAUUUUUGAUCGGCGUUCUGAGUGGGAUCGAGAGAUCAAGAGAACAGGCGCUUCGGAGUGGAGAGUAUGCUCCAUAAACGAGCUUUACAACAUCUCCUCGAGUCUUCCAGAGUACAUUGUUGUCCCAGUUUCUCUAGCAGACCAGGAUCUUAAGCAGUACUCUAUAUUUUUAACUGGCAACCGGCUCCCGCUUUGGUGCUGGAAUCACCGUAAUGGAAGUGCUCUUGUGCGGAUGGCCAGUGUGUGUGACCCAGUGCAGCAGAGGAAGAUUGAGCAGAGGAUCAUCACCGCCAUUACCAAAAGUCAUCCACAAUGCAGUGAAGUCUUCAUUUCGGACCUGGACAAGUGUCUACCCAGCAUCCAGGACAUCCAGAGUUCUUUUGUCAAAAUCCGACAGAUCUGCGUCAUAGAUCCUUUUGAGGAAUCUGAGGAAAGGUGGCUUUCAUCCAUUGAAAACUCACGAUGGCUUGAGUAUGUCAGAGCCUUUCUCAAGCACGCAUCUGAGAUGGUGUACCACUUGGAUGGAAGGAAUGUUUCAGUCAUACUCCAAGAGGAAGAGGACCGUGACCUGAACUGCGUGGUGUCCUCUUUGGUGCAGCUCAUGGUGGAUCCUCACUAUCGCAGCCUUGUUGGAUUUCAGGGUUUGGUGCAGAAGGAGUGGGUGAUGGCAGGCCAUCGCUUCUUGGACAGAUGCAACCACUUAAAAAAGAAUGACAAAGAGGAGUCCCCGCUGUUCGUGCUGUUCCUGGACGGUGUUUGGCAAAUGAUGAACCAGUAUCCAGCUGCAUUUGAGUUUACAGAAGCUUAUCUGACCGUCUUAAGUGAUAGCAUGUGGAUCCCACUCUUCAGCACUUUCCUCUUCAGUUCUCCGAAACAACGUGCCCAGUACUUGAUGGACUUUGCAAGGAAUAAAGCCAUCCCUCAAGGGGAGGACCCCAUUGUGUACUUCCCUCCUGUGUGGGACUGGUCACAACAAUUCUCCGCCAAAGACCAAACCCUUUUUAACAACCCCAUGUAUGUUGGCAAGGGAGCUGCAUAUGUUCUCAAUGGGGAAGUGAAAAGCUUUAGGCGCACUAAGAAAUAUGGCUCCGCCUACCGAGGAGCCUCUGCGACGCUGCGUAAUGGACUGAAAGGCGGCGAAGACCCGCUCUCCCGACGAGGCUCCCUGGGGUCCGAGCUGAAAGCCGAAUUCUCACCCAUGAAAUAUGUGGUGGAGAGUCCGUCGGAGCGCUUCUUCAGGGAGUGGUUCUCUCGACCCGCUGACCAGCAGGGCCUCUUGCUCCCCCAGCUCACACCCUCCCACAUGGCCCUCUGGAAGCUCUACUUCCUCCGCUGGGUGCCGGAAGCCUGCAUUUCCAAAGGGGGUUCCAUCACUGCCUACCACAAGCUCUCUCAACUGGUGGACGAAAUUGAGAUCCUACAGAAUCACCUCAGGCAGUACAAGGCACCCACCCCAAGCGGCACGCCCCUCCCCAGCCCAAAAGGGCCCCCUGCUGAUCAAAGGCGGAUGUAUUUUCAGGCCGCUUCCCCAAAUGAUUCCCCUCCAGAAUUUCUCUCCUCUUCUUUUCCUUUCACCCCUGUAGGAAACCUGUGUCGCCGCAGUAUUCACGGAACCCCCAUCAGCAAGUUUCUAAAUGGGGCGAGGAUCUGGCUCUCCACAGAGACGCUCGCUAACGACUCCCUCUGAGAAUGUGCGGUUUUGUUUCAAUUGCUGUUACCACUCUUAACAAUGCAGAUGAUAACAAAACUAACUUCUGACUUUUUUUUGUAGAUCUUUAUAAGCUAAAAUUUGCAACAUUGAUGCUGCUUCAAAAUCUGAGGCGACAACUGGGAGAGCAUAAAAAAAUCGCUCCAUCAAUUAUACAAAUUAAUAAAUCGAGUACAUCCUCCUUGUUGGCCAGUGUCGUGCUACUGUGAUGUGCCCUCAUACUGUGAAAAAUACAAAAAGGUGUAUAUUAUUUUAUCCCACUUAAAUCUUUUAAAUUUGCCGAAGAUAACCGCUCUUGUUCGCCGAGCUUGCGUGAUCCAAAGACUGUACGGGAUUAACCCAUGGUAUCACGUCGUGAGAUUGGUAUUCAGGAGUCUCACAGUCCAGAUUUUAUUGCAGCAGCAAUGACUCAUUUGACCAACACUGAUUUCAAACUUAUUGUGUACCUUCCAGGAAAUAUGUUGACUAACACUUUACAUGGGAUGUUUUUUUCUAAAUCCUGGGCAACACACAAUAUAACACUACCGCCCUGCCCUGCUAAGUGUUGCAAACAAAAUGCAUAUAUGUGUGUUCAUAUAUUUCCUACAAAACAUUAAUACUGUUUGCUUCCAAAUUCUAGCACUUGUUUGGUGUUUGGCUGUGUUUAGCAAAUACUGUGGUGCGCUGAAAUUUCAAAUGACUUCAAUCUGUGGUAAAUGUAUAUAGUGCCUUUCAAUAUGAACUAAUAAGGUCUUAAACCAUUCCGCAUUUGUUCGUUUUCUAUACAAGGGCUCCCUCAUGUUUUGUAACUGCUGAACCAAAGACUGGAUGAUAAAAAUGAGUAACUGGUUCAGUUUUUUUUUUUUUUUAAUAAAUAGAAGCUAGUUGUGAAAAUAUUUUGAUCAGGGGUGUGGAACUUGCGGUGCAAGAGUAGUCUAAAGACAAAAUAAAACCUCAAUAAAAAGACAUUAAACCAAAAAUGCUCAUAAAUUUAAUAACUGAAAGGAUUUUUUUUCUCCCUUUCCUCCAUUCCUUUACUGUAGCCCUGGAAAGGACUUAAUACAAAUUCCAGUGGCCCCAGAUAGGAAGAAAUGCUACCCACCCCUGAUAUUAGAAAUUACUGACCCAUUUCACUUAAAUGUAAGAUUCCUUACCAAUAAGUAAUUGUCUAAGAUGUGUGGCGGCUGUUUGACUUACAAAAAUGCUAUUAAUUGCACAUUUUACCCAAUUUAUGGGUCAUUUUAGGGAGAUUGAACAUUAAGUUUGGCAAUUUUUCUUCAAUAGAAUUUAUAUGAGUUUGAAAUCUGAUAUUUUAAUGGUACUAAAUAAGUCUGAACUUAAUUUUGACUAUAUAUGGAGAGAUAUUUAUAUGAUUAUCAUCCUCUGCUGAUUCUAUGAUGACUGUUCUCUCUUGCACAGUUGGAUCUGCCAGCAGAUGUAUUUAUUCAUAUUAUGCAAAUUUUCUCUUGAGAUGUCUUGGCUACUUUUUGUCUCUUGUGCCUUUUGGGAAACCUUUGUAACAAUGCUCUUUAUAUAUCUCACUUGUCUAUUUGUGUUGGUUUCAAUGGCGCGUUAAACCUUUAACAGGUACUGCACUGAGAAAGGUUUCCUGGCAGAAAAGAGGGCUCAAAGUACCUGUAACUAAUCAAUACAUUGUAUUUUCAAAUGA